AUGGAAGCCGCCGCAGCACGCCGUCACGCGUACGCAGCGACGUCGGCAGCAGGUGCGCAGGCCUCGAGCCAUGACGACCCCGCCGUAGGAUUCGAGAUGGAGCCAAUACCUGGUCCGAUGGGCUUCGUGACGUCCGGCUACUUCUUCGGCCUGUUCAUCAUGGCUCUCGUUCUGAAUCGCAUCCAGAACAUCGUUGUUCCCCCGCGCAACCCGCACGCCACUCGUCUCCGUGCUGCGCGCAACGCGAGCGGCCGCCUGUCCUUCCUGUACACGCUCCUCGGCUUGUUCUUCCCCGUCGACCUGUCCUCCACGUUCCCUCGUACUGUGUUUCGAAUCCCUUCCAUCUAUAAUCUGUCGAAAGCCUUGCUGCUCUGGACGGUACUACUCUUGCAAGCCGCGAGGUUCUGGCCCUCGUGGCGUUUGCUCCAACCCGUCGGACAGUGGGUUGCCCAGAAGGAGAUGGAAGAAAUCUGCUGGUUUACAUUCACCAGUACCUGCCUUGCACUCGCUAUCGGGGCCCUGACCGGCGGUAUGGAGGGACUGCACCUCAAUCACAAUGCCCCCUUCAACCUGUUCUCCUUUGCCUUUCAACUUCACAUCUACUCGUCUCCCUCCACGCACGUUGACAACUUCCAAGGUCUGCCUUCGAGACCUGGUAAGCAUGUCAUCCUAAUCAUCAUGAUACCGCUGCUGCAGCUCACGCUUCUGCAUUGCAUGGAAGUCAGGAAGAGCUGGGCGCGCCUACGCCUCAUCCCGACCACGUUCUGCUCGCUGCUCAGCCUCGUCCAUUUCCAUUCCGUGAUCUGGACAUCACCGAAGUCAUAUCCGCUCACGAACUUCUUCCCAUCCGUAGUCGAGUCCAUGCUCAUCUGCCUCAUUUCCUUCUCGGCGCUCCUCAACGUAGCGACGCAACUGCUGCUUGAGGGCGCGGUCACGCGACCGCUAUUCGGGCACGUAGAGUCACUGAUGCCGAAGAUGGAUGAAGACUUCGGCGUCGCUCUCGUCCGGCUCGGCACCGCAAGCCUCGAGGCGACGAGUGCUGCAGGAAUGGGCAACGAGGUGGGCGGGAUGACCAGCGCGGGUAUCGCGGACGUCGUCGCGCGCCCGCCAGAGGAGGAUCGCGGGGUGGUCGAGAUCGACCGGUCCGGCGUGGUCUCACUGACGCCCGCGUUCGACUGGAAGGGCCACAGCCGAGUCCGCAAGCGUGGAUUCCUGAACGAGAUCACGAACGUGAAGGCGCAGGUGCGGCGGUCAGGCCUGUGGGCGGACACGAUGGUCAACGCGGGGUGGUACAAGGCCGUCCUGAUGUUCUUCGUCAGUGUGGUGAAGGCUUUUAAGCGCGUUGUAGUAGGAUCGUGUGUCGCGUUGUGGGGAAAGGUGCGCGCCGGGGCGAGUAUGAGACGACAACCGCCCCCCAUAUCUCGUCUCUCGGAAUCUGUCGAGGACGAAGGCGAUGCCGAGGACAUGGACACGUAUCGUCGUUUCUUGCGCGGCGAGUCCGUCAGCGAUGACGAGGACGACUUCGUACCGGCCACCGACGAGUUCUCAUCACGUAACACAUUCGAGCCCUCUGAGAGCGGCGACGAGUCACCGGCCGAGGGAGAUGAGUCUGCGCGAUUGUUCGCCGACCUAUCCCAGGACGCAGCAUCGUCUGCUGCGGCGCCUGUCCUCCUCGCGCACCUGGCUUCGACUUCCACCUCACCUCUGACACGCCGCAUGUACCGAAGCACGGCUCUAGAACAGAGUUCAGGGGACGAUGCCGUCGACAAUUGGGGUGAGUUCGCGCGAGAGCGGAGGGAAACCAAGAUCCCUGAGCAGCCCGUCGACGACGAUUCGCUGGAGGUGCGGCGGAACUGUGUUAUCUGCACGGUCGAGCUUAGGGACAUCAUAUGCUGGCCAUGUCGGUGUCUGGCGCUGUGUAAUGACUGUCGCGAGAAUCUGGCGUCGCGUUCGUCUGCGUCGAAGCAUACCUGCCCGUGCUGUCGUCGGAGGGUCGAAGGGUAUUCGAGGAUAUACAUUCCCUAG